UCCUGCCACCUCUUAGCAAAAGCGAGGCACUCUACUUACCGAAGCUACUCCGCCCGCCCCCACCACCUUGUCGAUCGGCGAGCGAGCGCCAUGGGCAACUGCCUGAACAAGGCGUCUACGCAGCAGCGGCGGCGCGGCCACGGCGAGAGGGUGGCGCCGGAGGUGAGGGAGGAGGAGGAGGAGCUCAGGAGCAUCGGCCAGGUGCUGCUGCAGGAGGAAGAGGAGGAGGAGGAGGAGGUCCCGGCGUCCGCGUCGCCGGCGGCCGGGAUGAAGGUGAAGGUGGUCCUGACGAGGGCGGAGCUGGAGUGGCUCAUGGCGCAGCUCAAGAGCGGCGAGCAGCGCCUCGAGGACGUCCUCCGCCAGAUGGGCAACGCCCGCGCCGACGACGACAAGCCGCCGCGCGCCGACGCCUGGCGCCCGCGCCUCGAGUGCAUCCUCGAGUGCCCCGAGCCUGCCGACGCCACCUAGCGCAACCUACACACGGCGCCCAGCCGGCCGUUCUCUCUUCUAUCCGGCGAUCAGAGCUUGAUCUCCUCCAUGGUGUACUAGCUUUCUUGCUCAGAUCCGCCCGUGUGCAUGCUGUGAUCCAUGGAGAGGCUUCUUGUUUUUGUGUUUCUCUCCAAAGGAUGGAUCCAUGGAUCGGAGUGGCUUGAUCUAGGAUGAACACCAACUGUACUAUGUAGCCCGUUAGAGCAGUAGCAGUAGCUUGAUCUCUCACCUCACUGGUGUUUGUUGUGCACUUGUGCUCGUAUGUGGGUUUUGCUCUGUCCGCUUGUUUUGGUUUUUCUUUUUCUUUUUCCUUUUCUGUUUUGUUUGUAAAUAGUGUGGCCUCAAACCAAAUGGCAACGUACCGUCCGCUGCAGUUUUGCAUCUCGGAUCGGACAUGAUCAGAUGUGACAAUUUUAGCUCU